AUGUCGACCUACGAUGGCUCGCGCUCUGCGCGCCAGUCGAAGCGGUACUCCAUGUCCGCGCUGUACAUGUCCAUGUCAGCAAACGAGGGAGAGAUGCAAAUUGAAGACGACCUCGCUAAAGCCCAGAAAGCCCUGCGAGAUCUCAAAUCCAAAAUCUCCUCACAGUCCAAGAAGAACUUUGUUCUCGAAAAGGACGUUCGCUAUCUUGAUUCACGGAUUGCGCUGCUGAUCCAGAACCGCAUGGCUCUGGAAGAGCAAAAUGAAGUAGCCAGCCACCUCGAUGACUCCGAAAUGGAGCAGGGCUUCUUCCCCAACGACGACAAGACCCAGAAAUACGGAAACCUCUUGUUCCUUUUACAAUCUGAACCCAGGCACAUUGCCCACCUGUGUCGGCUGGUUUCCAUGUCGGAAAUCGACUCACUUCUGCAGACAGUCAUGUUCACAAUCUACGGAAACCAGUACGAAAGCCGAGAAGAGCACUUGCUUCUCACCAUGUUCCAGUCCGUUCUCACCUAUCAAUUCGACAACACACCCGACUAUUCCUCGCUGCUCCGAGCCAAUACGCCCGUUUCUCGCAUGAUGACGACCUACACCCGAAGAGGUCCCGGCCAAAGCUUCCUGAAGAUUGCCCUGGCCGACAGAAUCAACAGCUUGAUCGAACUGCAAGACCUGGACCUCGAGAUCAACCCCCUUAAGGUGUAUGAGCGCAUGGUGGAGCAGAUUGAAGAAGACACCGGCACGCUGCCGCCGAACCUGCCAAAGGGCAUCACUGCCGAGCAAGCAGCCGAAAACCCUCAGGUCCAAGCCAUCAUCGAGCCGCGACUGACGAUGCUUAUCGAAAUUGCCAAUGGAUUCUUGUCCACCAUCAUCGACGGCCUGGAGGAGGCUCCCUACGGUAUUCGCUGGAUUUGCAAGCAGAUCAGGAGCUUGACCAAGCGCAAGUAUCCCGAUGCGAACGACCAGAUCAUCUGCACCUUGAUUGGUGGAUUCUUCUUCCUGCGCUUCAUCAACCCGGCCAUUGUGACGCCCAAGUCGUACAUGCUCAUCGACGGAACGCCCGCCGAGCGACCUCGCAGAACCCUCACCCUGAUCGCCAAGAUGCUGCAGAACUUGGCAAACAAGCCUUCAUAUUCCAAGGAGCCCUACAUGGCCAAGCUUCAGCCUUUUAUUCAACAGAACAAAGACCGGAUCAACAAGUUCAUGCUCGAUCUGUGCGAGGUUGGCGAUUUUUACGAGAGCCUGGAAAUGGACAACUACGUUGCGCUGUCGAAGAAGGACCUGGAGCUCGAGAUUACGCUCAACGAAAUCUACGCUAUGCACGCACUGAUCGAGAAGCAUCGCAACGAGCUGUGUAAAGAUGAGACUUCGCACUUGUCCAUCAUUGUGUCCGAGCUGGCGGCGGCCCCUCCCCAGGUGCCUCGCAAAGAGAACCGAGUCAUCAACCUUCCCUUGUUUAGCAGAUGGGAGACUGCGAUUGACGACUUGACCGCGGCACUGGAUAUUACACAGGAGGAAGUGUUCUUUAUGGAAGCCAAGUCCAUCUUUGUGCAGAUCAUGCGAACCAUUCCUCAGAACAGUGCCGUCUCGAAGCGACCCCUGCGGCUUGAGCGCGUCGCGGACGCGGCCGCCACGAGCCGCAACGACGCCGUCAUGGUGCGCAAGGGAAUUCGGGCCAUGGAGCUCUUGUCUCAGUUGCAGGAGCUCGGCGUGAUCGACAAAGCCGACCAGUUCGAUCUGCUGAGAGACGAAGUCGAGCAAGAGCUGCAGCAUCUGGGCUCGUUGAAGGAUGGCGUCAUUGCCGAGACGGAGAAGCUCGAAGAAGUCUUCAAGACCAUUCGGGACCACAACGCGUAUCUGGUCGGCCAGCUCGACACCUACAAGAGCUACCUCCACAAUGUGCGAUCACAAAGCGAAGGCACCAAGCGGAAGCAGCAGAAGCAGCAGGUUCUCGGGCCCUACAAGUUUACGCACCAGCAGCUGGAGAAGGAGGGCGUAAUACAGAAGAGCAAUGUCCCGGAUAACAGACGGGCCAACAUCUACUUCAAUUUUACCAGUCCCUUGCCGGGCACUUUUGUCAUUUCCCUGCAUUACAAGGGUCGAAACCGUGGUUUGCUGGAACUCGACCUCAAGCUUGACGACCUGCUUGAAAUGCAAAAGGACAACCAGGACGAACUGGACCUGGAAUACGUUCAAUUCAAUGUUCCCAAGGUCCUUGCCUUGCUCAACAAGAGAUUUGCUCGAAAGAAGGGGUGGUAA